AUGCCGCCGCCGCUGCCCUGCCGGGGCUGGACGCUGGCGCUGCUGACCCUGCUCGUCGGAAUCCUCAUCUUCGCGGACAUCUCGGAGAUCGAGCUGGAGCUCGGGAAUUCUGGAGGCAGAGGCACGAUCAGAUCUGCACUGAACAGCUUACAGAGCAAAUCUAAUAGAGCUGAAGUGGGAAUAAAUGGCUCCUCGUCUCCAGCUGCUGUUGACAGAAGUAAUGAAAGCAUUAAGCACCACGUUCGGCUGGGCCUGUCCAAAUGGAAACACAACCAGACUCUCUCUUUGAAGAUCAGAAAGCACAUCUUGAAGUUUCUGGAUGCCGAGAAAGACAUUUCAGUGCUUAAAGGGACUCUGAAGCCAGGCGAUAUCAUCCACUACGUCUUUGACAGGGACAGCACAAUGAAUGUUUCCCAAAACCUCUAUGCGCUCCUGCCCAGAACCUCACCACUGAAGGGCAAGCACUUCCGGACAUGCGCGAUUGUGGGCAACUCGGGCAUUCUCUUGAACAGCGCCUGCGGGGAGGAAAUUGAUUCUCAUAACUUUGUGAUAAGAUGCAACCUUGCUCCUGUUCAAGAGUACACCCAGGACGUUGGGACGAAGACAGACCUGGUGACGAUGAACCCUUCGGUCAUCCAACGUGCCUUCGAGGACCUGGUAAAUGACACUUGGAAGGAGAAGCUGCUGCAGCGCUUGCACAGCCUCAACGGUAGCAUCCUCUGGAUCCCGGCAUUCAUGGCUAAAGGGGGCAAGGAACGUGUGGAGUGGGUUAACGAGCUGAUCCUCAAACAUCACAUCAACGUUCGCACCGCCUAUCCGUCUCUGCGCCUCUUGCACGCUGUCCGAGGGUAUUGGCUGACUAACAAAGUUUACAUCAAACGCCCAACCACCGGUCUGCUGAUGUACACCUUGGCGACUCGCUUCUGUAACAGGAUUCAUCUCUACGGCUUCUGGCCUUUUCCUCGGGACCAAGACCAAAACCCCGUCAAGUACCACUACUACGACAGUUUGAAAUAUGGCUACACGUCACAGGCCAGCCCGCAUACCAUGCCCUUGGAGUUCAAAGCUCUGAAGGCCCUGCACCAGCAGGGAGCUUUAAAACUCACAGUGGGAGAGUGUGAAGGGGCCACGUAG